GCACCGAUUCUGACAUCAGCUUGCUCCACGAACGAAUCCAGUACCGGCGCUGGUUCCGGCAGCCAGGUUAAAAAAUGACGACGAGAUCGAAUUUCUACAAGAAUUCUUCAAUCUCAUACAAGAAGGAUUUGAGCGUCUCUUCUGUGAUUCAGAACCUCAAAGCUUAUAACGUUGCAACCGGAAAUGUUCCCGUGACCGAUGACCAACCGCGCACCGGCGAGGGAAAGGAGGGUCGGGAAAAGCGAAAAGUUCGCGCCGAAAAACCUCCUCGACCUAGCAAGCGCCGGGAAGUUGAGGAGGAUGAUGAUCGGCCGAUGUCUCACCAGGAUUACGUCAAUAAAAUCAGGAAAGAAGCCAGCUCAUCUCAGCCUUAUGAAUCACUGAGUGCUGAUGUUUUGGAGAAUUCGAAAUCGGUGUUGAAUUUGGUGGCCUAUGGAAGCGAUGAAAGCAGUUCUUCAGAAUCUGAAGUGGAGGGUACUUCACAGACUGAUCAGACAAAUGAAGUUGACCAAAUCAAGACAAGAGACGAACAGCGGUUUCCACUUGCUGGAGAACCGUUCUGUGUGGUAUGCGGUAAAUAUGGGGAGUACAUCUGCGACGAGACAGAUGAUGAUAUAUGUAGUCUGGAAUGCAAGGCUGAGCUUAUACGGAGGCUACAAUGUGCUAAGAGAGCACAAAGCAACAUUAACAGUGAUGUCUCCCCAUCUAAACUCCAAGGUGUACAAGUAAUGCCUGAGUUUAGGGAUGGCACUUGGGACUACAAACAGAACUGCUGGUCCAAACAGAGAUCAAAUCUUUGUACCUAUGAAUGCUGGAAAUGCCAUAAACCUGGGCACCUUGCAGAAGACUGUUUGGCAGAAUCAGAGGACCAGGAUUUAGCUAGGAGAUCGAAUUCCAUAUCUAAGGAUCUCCGUGGACUUUACAGAAGAUGCCAUCAGAUGGGUGACAAAUUAUCUGGAGCAAACUGCAGCUCAUGCCGCAGCUCUUUAAGCUUAGCUACUUGUCUGGAUUGCAAUGCUUUCUUUUGUGAUGAUGCAGGACACUUAAAUGAGCAUAUCAGGACGCACCUAUCCCAUCAGCAAUAUUACUCCCAUAAACUUAAACGACUUGUGAAAUGCUGCAAAUCAACAUGCAAGGUGACUAAGAUGAGGGAUCUUUUGGUUUGCCAGUUCUGCUUUGACAAAGCUUUCGACAAGUUCUAUGAUAUGUAUACCGCAAGUUGGAAACCUACUGGACUUUCAAUCAUCUCGGGUUCUAUUUGUUGCGAAGAUCACUUUGAAUGGCAUAGAAUGAAUUGCUUGAAUGCAGACCUUGAAGAGAAGGCAUAUAUUCUAUCCAGAAGUCCACAGAAGGGCAAGUCCGUUCAACUAAGCGACUUCAUUUUUUGAGAAGCAAAAAUUACUUCCCUGAAAUUGUCCUUGCCUUUCCGUACGCAACUGGUGAGUGCGAGUGUAUCAUUGGAAACAAAAAGUUAGGAAGACAAGAUCGAACAAAAAUUUGGUAUCUCUAAUUAAUAAUUCUACUAUGUUUCAAAAUUUUGGCAUCUCUAAUAAAUUGAAUUGCUUGCUGGCCUCUUUCCUCCCUCCUCUUUGUGAAAUGGCGCCCAACGUGUCAACUUUCUCCAUUUCUCGAGCUAUGCAUGUCAAAGUUCAAACAUGCAGUUGCUC